AUGAAGUCUGGAAUCCUCGUCGCCGUCGCCGGCGCCGCUGCGGUGACCUCGGUCACUGCCUUCUCCUUGCCCUUUCACUUCGGCCGCCGCACCGUCCAGGGCCACGGAUACCUUAGCAUUCCGGUUAACGAGGUCAAGCCCGACAUGAGCGAGUUGUCUAAGCGCGAUGCUUUCGAGGUUCUCAUCAACAAUCGCCAGUUCUACUAUUCUAUGGACAUCAUGAUGGGUACUCCGGGUCAGAAGGUUACGGUCCUUCUCGACACCGGCUCCUCAGAGCUCUGGGUCAACCCCGACUGCAGCACCGCUUCCACCGCCAGCCAGGCCCGUCAGUGCUCCGCCGCCGGCCAGUAUGUCCCUCGCAACAGCAAGACCCCGCCCAUCGGUCCCUUCGAUUCCCGGAAGCUCAACUACGGCGACCCUUCUCAGCCGUCAACCCAGACCAGCGCCGAGAUCGCCUACUACAGCGACACCAUCGGCCUCGGCUCCGGCACCGUCCUCAACCAGACCUUCGGGGUCGUCACCAAGAGUAGCGGCAUAGCAACCGGCAUCCUUGGCCUCGCCCCCGACCUGCGCAGCGGCUACGCUCCUGGCAAGCCCUACAGCCUGGUUCUCAACAGCCUCAAGGACCAGGGCGUCAUCAACGUCCGCGCCUUCUCCCUCGAUCUGCGUCACGCCGGCUCGGACACUGGUGCUCUCAUCUUUGGCGGUGUUGACCAGGGAAAGUACAUCGGUAAGCUCGAGAACGUCCCCCUCAUCGCCGGUUCGCGCAACGAGCCUCGCCUUGCCGUCACGCUUGGUGGACUGGGUCUCUCCCUGCCCAACGCCCAGGCCAAGACGUACACCAUCUCCGACGACGACAAGAACGUGAUGCUCGACUCCGGCACCACGCUCACCCGCCUCCACCCCUCCCUCGCGAACCCCAUUCUCGCAGACCUCAAGGCCACAUCCGAUAGCGACGGAUACUGGGUCGCCGACUGCAACCUGCGCACCCCGCCCCUGUCCAACGGCGGCAGCGACGCCUACGUCACCUUCCAGUUCGGCCGCAAGGUGCUCCGCGUGCCCCUCAGCGACUUCAUCCUCGAUAUCGGCCCCAAGACGGGCGUCUGCUACGUCGGCCUCGUCACUACCAGCGACCAGCAGAUCCUCGGCGACAGCGUCCUGCGCGCGGGCUACUUCGUCUUCGACUGGGACAACCAGGCCGUCCACAUCGCGCAGGCCUCGAACUGCGGCAAGGAGCAGAUCAUCACCCUUGGCAAGGGCACGAGCCCCGUCCCGGACUCGGCCGUCGGGCUCUGCGAGGGUCCCUCGGGCGACGUCGACAGCAGCAGUGGAGGCUCAACGACAGUAAGUACCACUACCACCGCCAAGCUUCAAGUAUCGACCGGACCCAUCGACGCCCACGAUACUUCCUUUUCAAUCUCCUUUACUUUGCCGACCUACGGGCCUGUCACGCCUACUGCUUCUGCCUCUGUCUCUGCCACUACCACUGCUGCUGCGACUGCUCAAGAAACCUCAAAGACAUUGACACCUUCUUCUCAGACGACCUCCUCCUCCGGCACCGGCACCGGUACGCAAGGCACAUCCUCAUCCACUACCUCCUCGAGCGACGCGCACUCUGCGGCUUUCUCCUGGGCCUCCGACUCCAGAGACCUUUGUCUGCUCCUCGGCAGCCUCAUGACGUUGGCGGCUGUCCUCUGGAAUGUCCAAGACCCUUUCUUUGGAUAA